UGCGAACGCUGGCUCUAACGGUCAUAUGUUCUGGAACGCCAUUGUACAGCAUGCUUAUCCACGGCAACCUUCUGUUUGCUUCAUUCCGCGUGAGACUUCGCCGCGGACGGACGUUCCUUUGAGAGCUCCGCUGUCUCAUUGUUCUACACUUACGAUCCAAGAUUCAAAGAUGUCUGCCAGUUCUGUGUCGCCUGUGGACGCUAAGGCAAUCGCAGGGAGACUGCUUCACCGGCGCAAGGCCUGGCGGAAGCUCUGGGAGAAGCAGGCAAAGCGGCUACCCGUGAUGGACAGACCCUUCAAAGCCGUCAAGCCCACUUAUCUCUUUCAGGAAGGACCCAGCCCAGCCGAGGAGAGCCCAGCCGAGGAGCAGAGCCCAGCCGAGGAGCAGAGCCCAGCCGAGGAGCAGAGCCCAGCCGAGGAGCAGAGCCCAGCCGAGGAGCAGAGCCCAGCCGAGGAGCAGAGCCCAGCCGAGGAGCAGAGCCCAGCCGAGGAGCAGAGCCCAGCCGAGGAGCAGAGCCCUGCCGAGGAGCAGAGCCCAGCUGAGGAGCAGAGCCCAGCCGAGCAGAGCCCAGCCGAGGAGAGGCCAGUCGAGGAGAGCCCAGCCGAGGAGAGCGAGGAGAGCCCAGCCGAGCAGACCAGCAGCGAGGAGGAUGAUGCCAACUACGACGGAGAUGAUGAAGAAGACAGCAGCGAGGAAGAAGAUGACAGCAGCCGUGUUUCAGGUUCCCGGAGGAAGUGGUGGAAGAGACUCUUCUGCUGCUGCUGCAGGCAAGAGGACACGGAGGAUGACUAGAAAAUGCGACACCGGGAAGAAGAUAGAAGACUUAUAAAGAUUUAUUUUCAUAAAGAACUUAAAGCGCUAUUGUAUAGUAUAAGAUUAGACGCUAUCUGUAACAGAGUGGGUUGUAAGUUAUUCAAAUGUGUAUCGGGUGAAUAAAGCUUUGUCGGAAUACUGAAUAGCA